AUGGCACCCAUCGCGGGACGGGCGCACUCUCACGUGCCCUUCGAGGCCUCGCCGGUCCAAGACACGCUGCUGCGCGAUGCCCCGGCGCUGGAGCCCUUGAUCAGGAGGAGCGGUGGGCUCACCCAGCUUACCAAGGAUAUCCUCGAGAUGCUGCGACGAGCGCCUGGUGGAGGAUACUCCACAAGCUCGCAGCCAGGUCCGGAGGCGCUCCCCGGCGAACCCGAAGAGCUCGUGGCCCUGGCCGAGCAGGCCCUGGCGCUGGAGGAGCUCGAGGACAGCAUGCAGCUGAAGUGGUCCCGCGACGACCGGGAUGCAGCCUACCAGAGGCUGGUUCAAUGCGGGAUCUGCUCCGCACAGGCCCUCCUGACCGCAUUGAACGACAGGAGUGCCGGGAAGUGCCGGCUCAAUCACAUGCUCGAGGAGGGCGGUUGUCGGGGCUUGAAGGCAGAGGCCAUGGUUUGGCUGGCCGAGCAGCUCGAGGUGCGCGCGCGGCAGCGCAUCGAGGUGUCCGUGGAGGGCAACCAGCCGAUCCUCCUCACCGCUCCCCACAACAUCUACCUGCGGAGGGAUGGCCAGCCGCCUCACAUGAUGGAGGAGUACACCACUCUGAUCGCCCAGCGGAUGGCGAGACAUCUAGGUGGGACGUCCUUGUCCUGGAGCAGGGCCGAGCAGAAGAGGUCCGAGCUGCAGUGGUGCCUGGCCCGCCUUCGGUGCGAGGCCGAGGAUUUCAGCAGCUUCCUGGAGCCUUGCAAUCGGGAUCCGAACUACUUGCUGAACGAGGAGGUGGCUCAAAAUCCGUGGUUUCGCCAAAUGGCGAGGUUUGCGGACAAGUGGCGUCAUGGUAAGGAGGGGCACUUGCGGCCUUUGCUCCACAUCGACGUCCACGGCUGCAGGGAUCCGCCUGCAACGCCAUCGCACCUGACCGUUGGCUUGGCGGCCAUGCGCCACGAGGUCGAGAUGGGGCGGAGUCCGCUCUCUCAGAGCCGUGUCGAGAGCUUCGCUGCCGCGUUGCAGAACGAGCUGACGCUGGUGCUGGGCAGCUUGGAUCUCCGACCCAGGUCCGAGAAGCUCGUGCGGGUUCUACUUCCGACUCUCUCCGGGGGUCAGAGCAUGGAGAGGCUUUCCGGUGCCUGGCCGCUGGAGGAGCGUCGGCUCACUCAGUCGCAGCAGGCCAUGGCGUUUGCCGGCUUUACGCACUCGUGUCAGCUGGAGCUGUCCAAGGCACUCCGGCGAGCACUGAGCCGGGACGAUGCGGCCACGGCCCGACUUGGAAGAGCGGUCACGAAGGCCUGGGCCUUGUGCUGCCAGGGUGCGUUGCCUUCGCUGAAGUCCCCAAGCGGAGCCUCGAGUGACGAUAAGGAGGCCCUCGAGCUG